CACAGAAACAUUUCAAAGUUCGAUUUCUCCGUUCGCAUACUUAUUCCCAUGCUGGUUGUGUGCUAAGGUGUUCGGCAGAGGGAAGACAUAAAGUAGUGACCUUACAAGACCCUGAAGCAGACGCCGUGCAUGAACACAUGAAGAGAUUAUAGACAAAUUGCCAUUACUUUUAUACUAUUUUUAGAAGGAACAUUUUAUACAGAUUUUACAGGAAUUUUUACAUUUCAUACGUGUGGAAGACGUUUUUGAUAUACAUUUUAAGUUUCUAAGGAUUAUAUUCAUUAACAUAUAUUUUUCUAUGGAUUUAGACAUUACACAUAUCAAACAUUUUGUCAUCAUAUCAUGCUAUGAUCAAGUUGGUCAUCAACUUUUUCCAAUGUCAGGAGUCUCAUUAGAUUCUAACCAAACUUGUUGAUACUUGGUCAGUGAUGUCCUGGGGCAUUGUGAUUUGUAUGAUACCAGUGCUGUUGCUAAGUUUCACAUCCUCUAUUCUGUAUUGUUGAAAGUGAAUACCUAAAAGAUGGACUAUCAGCGUAGACCUAGAUCAGGGACGGGUAGUCUUCAUGGCGAUCGUCCACGUCCACGAUCUGGAAGUGGAACGGGAAGCCUACGGAAUGAAUCUCUACAACGAUCUGAACUUGAACGUUACGUGGCGGAAUUGAAAUCUGAUUUGGAGGCAGAAAGAUCACGAUGUCGACAGCUACAACGUGACAAGUUAGCUGAGAUUAGAGGCAUACGCCAGGCAGCCGAGGAUGACAAAAAUGAGGCGUUAGAGCAAUUGCAUUCUGGAAUGCAAGAGGAAUUUGAGCAGGAAAAGGAAAAAUUGGUGAGACAGGUCUCUCAUGAUAAGGACAGGGAGGCCCAGCGGACUACUAAACAGCAGGAGGACUUUAUCACACAAAUGCAGGUACAAUUUGUGAAGGAUAGAGACACGGCUGUUAGAUCUGCUCUAGAGAAGGAGAAAAGCAAUCGGCAGCCGGAACGACGGAGUAAUCUGAACGGCGAAAUGGUUCAAAAACUUCAGCAGGAACUCAAGUUGUUACGCCAAAGUAAACAAGACAUGGAGGAUCAGUAUCGGCGAAAAUGCGAACUCGAACAUGAAAAGAAUAAUGAGAUUAAGCGUUUAAAACAAAAACAUGAAAUUGAUUUGCGUCGCAUUGCAAAAGAGACGAAGGCAAAAGUAUUGAAGGAUGUGCAGGAGUUGAAAAGCGUUGAGAGGUCUUUGGAAUCGAAAGGACUAGAAAUUGCCAAAAAUGAAAAUAUCGUGAAGUCGCUGGAAGGUGUGCGGCAUGAUCUUGGUGAAAAGUUGAACCAAUUCCGCUCGGCGUACAAUACGCCCCGGCCAUCAUCGAGGACGUCUACAUCUCAGACCUCUCCACCGGACAAGCUGCUUCCUUCAUCUAACAAACUCCGUCAACAGCAGGCUGUGACAGACGAGAAGGAUAAAGUACUCCAGAGGAAGAUAGGUGAUCUCAACGGCCUUGUUACCUCGCUCAAAGGGCGCAUAUCAGUAUUAGAAACAGAAAAUGAAGCUUUUAAAAAGAAGAAAGAUGACGAGCAGUCUGCUGAUAAAAAGAUCAUUGUUCUCAAGAAACGCAAUGCGGAACUUGCUGCCGUGGCAAAACGUCUGGAGGAGAAAGCCAAACAUGCUCAGAGUCCACCUAAAACCUCACCAAAGAAAUCUAGCCCUGAGCAGGAAAGUGAUGCCAUCAAGAAGCUAUAUGCUCGCCAAAGGGCCCGAGAUCUCGCCCUACAAGCCAAAAAUAUGCUGGCUAAAGAAAGAGAAAUCGAGAAGUUACAGAAACAGGUCCAGGAGCUCAAUGACCGACUCGCCAGCAAUCAAAAACAAUCUAUAGCUGAGAAUGGUGAUGUUUACAAUGACCAGUCUCAGUUGGAGGGUAUUAUCAAACAGGCAGCUAAAGAGAGGUUGAAACUGGAGCGUCAGCUUAGUCUCAAACCACCACCGCCGAAACCUCCGUCCCCUCAACAAUCACUGCCACUUCAGGAAGAGAGGAUACCCACACCCAAGGAAGAGCAGAGCCUGGGUGGCGCCGGUGGAGGGUACGUGGACACUGACACUGCUGACAAACUACAAGCUCUUGAAGACACUAACAGACUUCUUCAGAGUGAAUUACAAAAAUUGGAGAUAAAACUCACCGAAAAGGAUAAAAUUGAAACUCGUUUAAAAGAAAAGGAAAAAGAUCUAAAGGAGAAGGAAGCCUUGUGCGAGCAGUUAGAACGAGACAUCCAGAAAGCACAACGCCGUGUCGACAAAGAACUCAGGAACAAAGAUCGGGAGUUGCAGCAAAAGGAAUCAGAACUCGAUUUAACAAAACAGGAAUUAGAACAAAAAGAGAACCUUUGUGAACAGUUACAGCAAGAUAUACAAAUAUCACAACGGACUGUACGAGAGGAGUUAGGAAAGAAGGAAUCGGAGUUGAAUAAGAUUCAUGCUGAGUUGAGAGAGAAGGAAUUACGGUGCUCACAAUUGCAGGGGGAGAUUGCGGAUACGCAGAAAAAGAUAGAUGCCGAGGUUCAGAAGAAGGAGGUCGAGGUGAGAGAGCGAGAGUCGCACUGCCAUCAGCUGCAGAGAGAGUCGGAGGAGUCGCAGCGUAAGGUGAGGGAGGAGUUACAUCAACGUGACGCACAACUGAAAGAGAAGGAUUCCAAAGUUAGCGAGUUACAGAAAGAAAUCCAACAUUCCAAACAACAGAUUAAGGAGGAGUUGAAACGCAAGGAGGUGGAGUUAAAAGAGAAGGAACUACGCUGUGCUCAGCUGCAAAAGAACAUUGAGGAGUCUCAGCGGAAUGUUGAUGAUGCGUUGAAACGGAAGGAGUCUGAGCUGAAAGACAAGGAAACACGCUGUUCUCAGUUACAGAAGGAAAUACAGGUCACUCAGAGAAAGGUUAAUGAUUUGGAACAUGCUGUACAAAAUGUGUCAGUCGAGAAGAAAGAUCUUGUCCAGCAGAAUGCAGAUUUACAGAACCAACUACAGAACUAUGCAAAGGUAAAUGAAGAGUGCCAACAACUGCGCGGGACACUCCACCAGGUUGAGGGCGAGAGCCAGGCUGCUAAGAAGGAAGUCAAAACACUGAAGGACAAAGUCAUCAACCUGGAGACGUUACUGCAGAACCUGCGCGAGGCCGCUGAGCAGCGGAAGGCGCUUGAGAACGACCACCAGGCGGCUCUGGAUAGUCUCCAAAAGAGGCAGGAGGAAGUGAAGAAAUUAUAUAAGGUCCAUGAUGAAACGAAAAAGGAACAUUCUGAAACAGUGGAUAACCUUAAGAUCAAACUGCACGAUUUAGAACAGAAAUGUAAACUGCAGGAGCUCAAGCAUCAGGAGCUCCUCCUGGAGUUAGAGGGUCUGAAGAAGGAUGCACUUCAUCGGUGCAAAUCAACGAGUUCUAUCGAAGUUCAGACAGACGAGGUCAUUACGCAACCACCGAGGAUAUCUGUCAGUGUGGGAUCUAGUCCUAUUAGGAAAGAAUUCGAUGCGACCUGGGACAUAUCAAGCAUCUAUUCUGAGCGGUCUCACAAAGUAGAUAUAGACCACCCCACAGAGUCAACCAAAUCCUUGGACACGGGUUUUGUAGACGGAGAUGAUGAAAAUGAGGUGUUUGAUGACCUUGAACUUAAGGCCAUCGCUAAAAAGAUACGAGCGUUAUCGAUGUCUGACGAUGAGGAGAGUCCACCUUCGCCAGAAAAAGCUGUCAAAUUGAAGCCGUUGAUAUGUAAAUCAGUGACAAGUAAAAAAGGAAUGGACAAGUCGGCCAUCACCCAGUACCUGAAGAAGAGCCAGUUGGAGGUGUUCGUGGCCAAGUAUAGUUACGACCCGGUGGCAUACUCACCCAAUGAAUGCCCAGAGACGGAGUUGUCACUUAACGCCGGUGAUUACGUCAUGGUGACUGGCAUCAUGGAUGAAGACGGCUUCUUCGAGGGGGAGCUGAUGGAUGGCAGAAGGGGAUUAGUUCCAUCAAACUUUGUCGAAAAGGUGCCAGAGUCCGAUUUGGAUGACUUUCACGCCACGCUUGCCCUUGGUGGCAAGUCAGAAGACACGAGUAGUGUGGGGAGUAGUAUUCAGCAUGAUCUGGACUUCAAUAGUAGUGACGAAUCAGAGAAAGUGGCCACUGAGCUUCCGGAAGAUCUAGCACGCGUUCGUAAACUUAGCGAGCACCUGAGCGACCUUGAGGACAUUGAGGAAGUGGACGAGGAAACUCUGCAGCCCAGAUCGGCUGUUAAGAUUAGAGCUAGUGCCUUAUCAGACCUUACCUCACAUAAAAGCAUUCCAUUUCCACAAAAGUUGACUUUGGAUCGUCAGCUGACCAAUAGCAUCCUGAUAGGCUGGACUCCUCCGGAGAACCUCCCAGCGACUGACAUCAAAGCUUACCAUAUCUAUGUCGAUGAACAAUUCAAGACGUCUGUGAAAGGCACUGAGAGGACAAAAGCCUUAGUGGAGGGAGUCAACUCACAGAAGUCACAUCGCGUGUGCGUGAGAACUGUAACAGGAGAAGGCCAGUCUAAGGACCAAGAAUGUACCAUAACAAUAGGAAAGGAUGCGUCACUUGCCCCCAGUAAGCUGAAGGUGUCCCACAUCUCUGCGUCGUCUGCUCACCUCUCCUGGAUGCCUGGAAACAGUAACUACCAACAUGUCGUCUUUGUCAAUGAUGUCGAGAAGAGGACGCUGCGGCCAGGAUUGUUUAGACAUAUUAUUACGGGGCUUUCACCUGAUACCAAGUACAAGGUAGUCGUCCGUGCGAAGAGUGUCAAGUCACAUGUCGAGGACGAGAGAAAUAGGAAGAAAAUGGAUAUGAUGUCAGCAAGCACAGAAUUCAAAACUCUAACAGCAGGGCUUCCUGAACCACCGAUAGAUGUUCAGGUGGAGGCUGGCCCACAGGAUGGCAUGCUGUUGGUGACGUGGAUCCCUGUCACAAUCACAACAGCAGGAGUAUCUAACGGGGCCCAGGUUACCGGCUAUGCAGUACAUGUUGAUGGCAAGAAGAUGAAGGAAGUCAACAGUCCAACGGCUGACCAUGUGAUCUUAGAAGCAUCACACCUCAUGUUCCAUACACCUACACCAAGCGCUCUGACCGUACGAACACUCGCCAAGGAGAAGCACUCGCGUGAUUCCAUGGCUGCCAGGAUCCCGCAGGAAAUCUUACAGCCGAGUAACAAACCCAAGGAGUCGCCAGCUGAAGUCAUCACGGUGACGAACCCAGACGGCACUGAAGAUACGCUCCACGACCUGCUCCAUGCGUACGAUGAUUGGAAUCGGCUGAUUAAGACAUGUGAAAACUGUGCCUAUGCACCCCAGGACACAUGUGAGAAUUGCUGGGGCUCCUUACAGGGCUCCCUCAGCCUGGCAAGCUCCAUCAAUUCCCUUGAAUCAGACCAGGUUUUGAGCCCCAUUGACGAUGAUGUGUUCGAGAGCUCUGAGGGGGCUCUGUUUGACAACCUCCACUGGGAGCCUGCUAUCCGCCCAAAUUUCCACGACGAGAUAGCUGACAGCAGCCAAUCAGAACUGUCUGAUAUUGCUGAGGUGGAAGAGGAAGAGCUAUCUGAGCCGGAUAAGGACCGUGACAAAACUCCUGUGGUUACGCCGGUGCAUUUGUCAAAGAAGCACUUUUUCGGGUUGGAAAACUCACAGCCGCCCGAAUUGAGCAAAUCCAGGUCCCACGAGACCAAGAAAGCCAGCGACAAGACUCGAGACCAAACUGACUCAGCCGACAAACAUACAAGAAACAGACCAACUGCUGCCCCGAGACAGGUCAACCAAGACACAAGGGACCAUAUAAAACGUGCCAAGUCGCCAUCCAAUCUUCCAGCAGAGAAGAAACGCGGGGAGAGGAAGUCACCAAAUGCCAGUAUCCUGGAGAGUCCUGAUGACACGCCACCGGACCUCGGGGUGCGGACCGCCCCUCAUGGUGCUGAGGCUGACAGCCCGCUCUCAGAAAGACAGAUGAAGGUGCCACAUAUAGAAAUUACAAAAGAUAGCAGUUUAUCAAAUGGGAACUACUCAGAUGAGGACACUGACCACCGCAGUUACUAUAGCAACAGUCCGGGGACGAGUCCUCGUUCGCCAGAUUAUAGCUACGACUUCCCCACCUCACGAUACUCGGGUGCUAAACAUGAACAAUCUGAUCGCCAUAAGAGUAAAACACGGGCAGACAAACGGGAUCAGCCCGUGGAAUCUGACAUGCAUCAGGACAAUAAAAAACGUAGGGGAGGCACGCGGUCAGCUAGUCCACGGCGCCAACAUCAGGGGCGCCACAAUCACCAAGGGCAACGGGGAAACUCUGAGGGAAACAUUCAUGAACUGACAUCAAAUGACGUGAUAUCACCGCGGCAUAUCCGGGACGAUAUCCCCGAGUCUGAACUGAUUGAUUAUGAGGAUGAUGGUGGUGAUUCAAUCCCGGAUGAGAUCGAUAUGGAUUAUGAUGAUGCAAGGGCCAGGUUGUUUAUAGCAUUGUUCGACUAUAGUCCAAUGGAAAUGUCGCCGAAUCCAGAUGCCGCAGAUGAAGAGUUGCCUUUUAGGGAAGGACAACUUAUAAAAGUAUAUGGUGAUCGUGAUCCUGAUGGGUUUUACCGCGGAGAGGCGAAUAAUCGUAUCGGCUUUGUCCCUAGUAACAUGAUAUCUGAAGUUCAACUUGACAAUCCAGAACUCACCAAACAGCUUCUCAGUGAUAGCAAUUUUACUAAAGCUUCAAACGCACUUAAUCCAGGACAUAUACAAGGUUACCGAGGUCGACAUGGCCCGCUGCCCGGGAUGGUGCGGCCUAGUCCCGGUGUGAGUCCACGAAGCCAGAGCCCAGCGACAGUCCUGGCCCAGCGCCCCACCUCACCUGUCAGGAAGAUGAUCGCCCUUUAUGACUAUGAUCCGACGGAGUUGUCACCCAAUGUCGAUGCUGAGGUGGAGCUGUCCUUCAGAACUGGUGACAUUGUGUACGUUUUUGGUGAGAUGGACGAAGAUGGGUUUUACUACGGCGAAAUCUCUGGAAACAGAGGAUUAGUUCCAUCAAAUUUCCUACAGGAGGCACCAAAAGAGGAUGAUGUGUACAUUGUCAAAGCAUCAGAUGUGAUGAAACCUCAUGAUGGACUACCUGGCAAUUCCAAACAACCCGGCGGUAUUGAUGAACUCCAUGGCAUGCCGGGACCAACUAGUCAUCCGGGCAGUCGACACAGGCCUGAAGAUCAUCCUACUGGUGUGCAUGGACUCCCAGGUGGCCCUGGUGGGCACCGUAAUGAUAUGCAGAGAGGAGGUGUCUCGGGGCAUCCAGAUGGAAUACACAGGUCGAGGAGUCCUGGACGUAUGGACAGUAUGAACAGAGGAGGUGGCCAACCUCAUCCAGAUGGAAUGCACAGACCUUCCGAUCACCCUGAUGGUAUGCAUAGACCUCCAGAUGGAAUGCAGGGACAAGGCAGGCAGAGUGGUAUGCAUAGACCUAGUGGUAUGCACGGAUCCCCUAGCCACGGUUCUUCGGGCAGUAUGCACGGAUCACCAGGAGGUACGCACGGAUCUCCGGGCCAUGGACCUUCUGGAGGUAUGCAUGGAUCUCCCUCCCAUGGACCUUCAGGCAGUAUACAUGGAUCUUCAGGUGGGAUGCGUGGAUCUCCAGGCGGUAUACAUGGAUCCCCUGGGCAUGGCCCAGGACAACAUGGUGACAUGCUUGGACAAACGGGAAUGCCAGGCCAACAUGCCCCAGAAAAGGACCCCAGAUCAUGGACAACAACCUCUAAUGCAAUGCGCUUAAACCGACCAGCUCGCCCAAUGUCGUUCAGAAAAACUGACCAACACGAAUUUUCAAUCCCGAGCAUACCUAAUAUGAGGCAGAAUAGAAUGGUACCCAGAACUGUGCCGAGAACGGUACCAAGAAACUUGAACGUCAACUCAGAGGAGGGUCACGGGCCCCACGCGAACUCCCCAUGCAGGGACAAGUCCCCAACCGACCCCAACAGCAUGGAGACUACCCCCCUCAGCAGCGCUACCCAAGAGACACCGGAAGAAAAAAGCCCGAGCCCCCAGUCCAACAUCAUGCAGCUGGACCCGCCCGAGGACAGCAAAAAGAAGGAGAAGAAAGGCUUCCUAGCCAAAACAAAAGGUUUUAGUCUGUUUAAGAAACUUGGCCGAUAACAUUUGGACAUGUUAGUGGACUCGAACUGGCAUGUUUUGGUGACACUUGGUAGGUGCAAUAUUGUGCACACUAUCUUGAAUUCUUCACUAAUUCCAGUUGACCAUGGUGUUAUGUCUUGUUAACAAGCACAAAAAGAAGGCCAGUGAAACCAUUAAGCCAUGGACGAUUUACUAAUUUGCGCCACCAUAGAGGAGUUGCAAUUACUAUAUCGUGGAGUUAUCGAUGUAUGAUAUAUCAAAAGUAGUCUGAACAGUUGUGUCAAAAGUGGUAGAAGUUUGUGAUUUUAUGAUGAUACACUGGUCAGGGCCCACCGGAAAUUGACAGUCGACUUGCCAGGAUCCUUUGUGGUUUGGUGAAAUAGACAGGUAAAAUGAACUACACAGAAAUCCUUUGCAACCCUCUUGCCCCUCAAUAUCACACCAAAAAAGGAUUCUGGUCAGUCUGUUGUCAAUUUCUCUCUUCCCUUAACUGGUAUAUCAAUUUGAAUCGCUACUCUAAUCAUGGCAUUUACCACUGACUGAUGCUGUUUUUUAUCCAAAAAUGGCAGUGUGAAUACUUUUCCUGUGAAAUCCAGUCAGUUGGAAAGUGUCUUUCCACAAUAUACAUUGUACACGUACUUGCAAACUCGGACUGUAAAGUUCACUAUGCAGGUCUGUUUAGCCUUAGAAUUUUGUCUGAAGAAACUGAAUUUUGUAAGAUAUGUGUAGUUGUGGUGUCAUAGAGUAUGUGAUAGAAUUUUAUCGUCAGUUGAUUUUAAAAUGGACCAAUGAAUUGUCUCUCUUGCACCUUUCAAUAUGGUACUUGGAAAUUCUGUGUAUAAGUAGAAAGUUCACCAGUUAAAGGUUUUAAACCUAAUUAUGAAGGCCAGUAAUAUCUCAAGAUCAAACUGAGUUAUCUGAAGACCAAUCAGUUCAGAUGGUCAGAUCUUUGGUAAAAUCUUCCCAAAUAGUUUAAUUGUAUUUGAUACAUUCCAUGCUGUAAUGAUAUGGGUAAAUCUUUAAUAAUGUUAAUAUGUCAAAUACCGACUUUCAGACUAUUGAUUGAUUCAAUGAAAUGGUGUUGAUACAGAGACUGGGUGUUACAAAUUCAAUGUAUUAUCAAGGCUAUACUUACUUGAAGGCCUUAACCGGAGAUGGGGUUAUCAGUUGUGAACUUCAAAAGUGAAGUAAAGUGGUACAUUAUAGCCCCUGUACAUUGCAGGCCUUUCAGUGUUGAUAACAGCUGACAGUGCUCAUCAAUGCCCAUAGAGACUAUAAUUGUACUUUGACUAUGAUUGUACCACCUUACCUUACCUCAGAAAGGUCUAAGCUUUACUGAGCUGGUGCUUCAUCUUUCUGAAAACAUGUUUCAGUUGCCAAAUGAAAGAUAAUCUUAUUUGUAAAUUUUAUGGACAUAAACUUCAGGUAUCUGAUGUACGUGUACUGUUUGAUCAUGAUCUAAAUUUCAAAGUCAUUUCGUCUUAAGUUUGAACUUGCAGUACAUUUUGUUGUCUACUACACUUCAAGGUACCUGCAAACUGGCUUAGUUAAGAUGAAUUGGCUUACUAAUGUAGGUGGAGUAGUUUGUAAUGAUCUUGACUAGAUGUAAAUGCUUAGAGGAAACUAGAUGUGUUAGAAACUAGAUAAUUAUUGCAAAUAAUUUGAAAUAAAAGCCUGUAGACUUGAAUGUGAUAUUUGUACAGUGUGUUUAAAAUAUUGACAGGAAUUUAAAAUUUCUGUUUCACUUUGCCCGUUUGAGUCAGUCUGAGGCAUUUGAAUGGGGAUGUUAUGACAGUGAGUCUCAAGCUGAAAAAACUUCAUGUUUUGGGCUGAUGUCAUCAUAGCGAGACUGAAAAGUUAAUCAGCAUUGUUAUUACGUCUGAAUCUCUUCAAAACACAAACACAUUGUCUGUUCAUAACCAAGUCAUCAUUAUGAAUAUCUCAACUCAUGAAUAUAAAGGUCACAAUUGAAAUACUGUAAAGCGUGAAAGUUUUGCUUAAAGUUGGCAAAUCUGCUUAUUCUCAAUUGGAAGACAGACUAAGCAUCGUAUUUGCUGCCAAGAUUUGAUAAUAAAUGCAUUAAAGUUGAAAAGUUUUAAAGUUUUAAUUUGGCAUUCAACAGUUCAUUCCUGAAAAUUGUGAAAAAACAAAAUGCUCUUGAAAAUUUCACAGGUUACAGUACUCAAGUAUGUUAUCAUAAUGUCUCGCUGAGAAUACGUAUUAGUGGGCCAUCUUUGCCGCGAGUGUGUCUGAGCCCACCGUGAUCAACCCAUAAAUAUAAGAUGUGAUCACCAACUGUGAAUAGGUGUCGUUUAGAUUUAGGUAAUUAUUGUGGAUGUAAUCUAGUGAUCUUAUUAGUAGACUGUCCAAAAUCAACUCAAAAUUUAUGAUUGUUUUACUUUCUCAGAUCAUUGGUUUAACAAUGAAGUUACUCACUCAUCUACUUUGGUUCCAAGAAUUGUGGCCCCUGCUCUCCUUCUCCACACUCACAACUUUUGGCGAUUGCUAUUCAAUCUUAGUCAUGUAACAAGAUUGUUAUAGUUGUACACCUAGUAGUUGAGUGUGUGCUUGAAGGAGACUUGCGUUACAUUCGAGAUUUUGUGUUAACAGUUUACUAGAGUCAGAGUUAUCUGUAGCGGAGGGGACAGCUGUCUCCACAGUUUUAAACUGGUGAUAAUAACUUUUGAGGAAUAGGGGCAGUUAGUGGUAUUUAUAAUACUAGGGAUUCUCCAUUGUUUCGUGUUUUGCCAGUGUAUUCAAUGGUGCAAAUGAGUCUAAGGUUCUUGCAAAUUAUGAAUUUGCAUAUUCAUUUGCAAAAAAAGGUGAACCUCUCUGUUCAGAGACAUUCUGUAUACAACUAAGGAUGGAAUUCCUUCGAAAGUCGGUGUCAAUCUUUGCCAAAACUGUAGUGCCUUUGCAGAACCUUUUUACAUUGGUCAAAACAAGUUCAUUGAAGAUGCUUUCAUUCCUCAACUGUUUGUUAUCAUUUAGAUGUAGGUGUUAAUUUAUGAAAUAGUUCUUGUUCAGAGACCAAAACCAGUUAUUGUGUAACAGCAAUGCAUGCCAGCCUGAAUGAAGUUAUGAAUAAAUUAUUGUAAUGGUUGGUAUAUUGAAAUAUAUUUUCACAAAAUCA